AUGUCGGCUGAUGUUGUCCUUGUUCAGGUUAGAGAAGAAGUUGGUGAUGUCACCAUUCUCAUUAAUAAUGCAGGUAUUGUGACAGGAAAGUCGUUCCUUGAUACUCCAGAUCACUUGGUGGAAAAAUCAUUUCUUGUCAAUGCUAUCUCUCACUUCUGGAUUUGUAAAACCUUUCUUCCUGCCAUGAUUAACGCUAACCAUGGUCACCUGGUCUGUAUUUCAAGCAUAGCAGGAGUCGUUGGUGUUAAUGGACUAUCAGAUUAUUCUUCAAGCAAAUUUGCAGCCUUUGGUCUUGCUGAGUCUCUCUUCUUUGAAUUAACUAUGGUACGGAAAACUAAUAUUAAAAGCACCAUUGUUUGCCCCUAUUUCAUCAAAACUGGAAUGUUUGAAGGCUGUAAAACCAAGUAUCCACUUCUCUUACCUCUCCUGGAGCAGGAAUUCGUGGCUCAAAAAAUUUUCCAUGCUAUUUUAGAGGACCAAGUUUACCUCCUCAUACCCAAGUUUGCAUAUUUUACAUUGUUUCUCAAACAACUGAUAUCUCCAAAAAUGAUAAUUGCCCUGGGUGAGUACCUUGGCAUGGACACAUGUAUGACUUCGUUCACAGGGAGAGCCGAAGCAGAAUUGCUGCAGACUGAAACAGAAAGGAAAGAGCAAUAG